AUGGGGGACUUUAGUUCAUUGGGAAAGCUGCUGGAGAAUGCCCAGGAGCACAGCACCGUGGUGGGGAAGGUCUGGCUCACCGUCCUCUUCAUCUUCCGCAUCCUGGUGCUCAGUGCCGCCGCCGAGAAGGUGUGGGGCGACGAGAUGUCGGGCUUCACCUGCGACACCAAGCAGCCCGGUUGCCAGAACGUCUGCUACGACAUAACCUUUCCCAUCUCGCACAUCCGCUUCUGGGUGCUGCAGAUCAUCUUCAUCUCCACGCCCACGCUCAUCUACCUGGGCCACAUCCUGCACCUGGUGCGCAUGGAGGAGAAGCACAAGCAGAAGGAGAAGGACCGGGCCGAGCAGCUGGAGCAGGCGCAGCUCUCCGGCGCCCCCGACAAACAGCAGCUGCUGCUGAUGUCCCGCAUCAAGUGCCCCAAGGCGUCGGUGCGCGACGAGCAGGGCCGCAUCCGGCUGCAUGGCGUGCUGCUGCGCACCUACGUCUUCAACAUCAUCUUCAAGACGCUGUUCGAGGUGGGCUUCAUCGUGGGCCAGUACCUCCUGUACGGCUUCGAGCUGAAGCCGCUCUACACGUGCGACCGGUCGCCCUGUCCCAACGUGGUCAACUGCUACAUCUCGCGGCCCACGGAGAAGACCAUCUUCAUCAUCUUCAUGUUGGCGGUGGCCUGCAUCUCCCUGCUGCUCAACCUGGUGGAGAUGUACCACCUGGGCUUCACCAAGUGCCGCCAGGGGCUGAGGUACCGCCGCUCGAAGUCGAUCUUGGGCAGCGCCUCAAAGUUGCCCAGGGAGACGGCGGUGGUGCCCUUCGCCGUGCCCAGCUACAGCUACUUCCCCCAGCCGCCCACGGCACCCGAGGCAUACCGCUCAGAGUCCCACUACAACCUGACGGAGGCCGACUCGGGGUUCCAGCCCUACAGCAGCAAAGUGGCCUACAAGCAGAACAGGGACAACCUGGCGGUGGAGCGCAGCAACAAGCCCGACAACAACACGGAGCUGAAGGGCAUGAAAGGCUCGUGCUCGGCCCCUGGCUCCCCCAUGCAGAACAAGCGCAGGCCCAGCCACUCCAGUCGCAGCAGCAACAACAAAACACGGCUGGACGACCUCAAGAUCUGA